UUCGCAUCUCGCUGUUAUCACUUUUCGUCGGCGCUUCGUUUAAAAUGAAAUCGAUUUGGAAAUUUGGAAUUAAGUAUUUGUUUGUUACUCGAAAGUUGAAUUUAAUACAAUAUUGAAACAGAUAGAAGAGGGAAAUUAUUAAAUAACGCAUAGGUAUCAGUAAUCAGUCGUAACGAACGUAUGGCGUUCCCCCGGGUGCUACUGGUGGUCCCGCUGUUUGCCACUUCCAUUCUCGGGUUGUACUUUCUAGUCCAAAAUGCUCCACCCACUGAUAAUCAAUGCCGCAUCAAAAUGGCGAUUCCCAAGAGCAUGGCUGAAAUAAUGGAACUCAAUUUGUGUCUUAGGAAGCAUUACGACAACAACUACUUAUAUAUGCUUACAUUGUUCAGUACUGUUUACAUUAUAAAACAGGCCUUUUGCAUACCAGGCUCUGUCAUACUGAAUUUGAUUGCGGGCUCGUUGUUUGGCUCUGUUUUUGGACUCUUUCUGGUGUGCACACUAUCCAGUAUAGGUGUCUCUGCAUGUUACCUUCUGUCUAAAGUGUGUGGCAUCGAGACGUUUCUAAUGAAUUAUUUCCCCAGUGCGUUGACCUCAUCGAAAACUACUGUGGGAAAUUUGGUUAAAAACAACGAACACCAACUUUGGUACUUGCUACUAGUCUUGCGCAUCAUACCAAUUACUCCAAAUUGGCUGUUGAACCUGCUCGCACCAGUGUUCAGCAUUCCCCUCUGGACAUUUAUGUAUACAACGUUUUUCGGGCUGAUGCCAUACAAUUACAUAUGCUGCCAGAGUGGAGAAACGUUGUCGAGUAUCAAUUCGUUAGAAGAAAUAUUUACGUUGAAAACAACAUUACAGUUAACGUCCAUCGCCGUGGUUAUGGUGGUUGUAAAGGUUGCCUCAAAGUUCUGUAAAAUAAACACCUAAUUGUUAUUUA